AUGGCCUCAGUCUCGAAGAGCCACAGCGCUACGGUGGUGGGUCCGAGUAGAGAGGACAGCCCCUCUGAGGUUAUAGUGGCUGCCGGUGCUGAUAUCCAACCGACACGUCCUGGUCUUCUCCCUCUCAAAUGGGCUGUCAGUGGGGGAUGGUGGCACCGUUCGAGCUAUAGUGGAGCUUUGCUGUUCAACAUCGGUGCUUUCAUACUUCCCGCGCUAUACAGCACAUUAGUUAAGGUCUGGGUUGCGAAAAUCAACUCCUCCUUGGUGGUCACAACAGACGUGUAUACCUAUAUCGGUACCAUCGCAGAGGUGCUAAACGAAGGUCUCCCCCGUGCUGUCUGGGUGACUAUCGCCGACAAAUCUACACGAUCGUAUGAAUCUCGCUUGGGCCUUGCAUACACUCUGAUAACAUUUCAGACCGCACUGGGACUCAUCAUGAGUAUCGUCUUUACCAGCGCAGCCAGAGCAUUCGCAGCAACUUUCGUUCCGCGUGAAGCCCAAAGGGCAAGUAUUACUUAUGUCCGAAUAAGUGCGUUCUCCGCGCUGAGCUCCGCAAUCGAGGCUGCAGCAUCUAAUGCGACAAGGGCUUUGGAUAAACCCGACGUUCCCCUUCUGAUUAGCACUGUCAAGGUCGUUGUGAACAUCGUGUUAGACCUACUGGUGAUAUCAAAGUUCCACGUAGGCAGCUGGACCCCCAACGUCAAUAUACAAGCCGCAAUCCGUCUGAGCUGUGAUAUGGUCGCCGCUGUCUCCGGCUUGGUGUAUUUCAUUAUAACUACCAACAGGGCCGAGCCCCGGCAUAGACGGCCCUGGAGCAGAGAGGUACUUAAUUUGUCUGCUCUUUUCACGCUCCUUAAGCCAGGGUCGCUCACCUUCCUGGAAUCGGCUAUUCGGAACACGCUCUAUCUCUGGUUGGUGGCCGGAAUCGUCGCCAUGUCAGCAGAUUACGCCACAGCGUGGGGUACAUUUACGACAAUCAGAUGGGGCCUAGUCAUGGUACCGGUUCAGGCCUUGGAGGCGACGUCACUGGCUUUUGUUGGGCAUGUUUGGGCUUCGUUCAAAGGCAAUGAUAUACAAUGUGGGAAAUGGAGGAAGUUUCUCGGUAGGCAAUAA